UUGUGCUCGUCAGAAACAGGAACGAGUUCCGGUGAAUAUUAAAUUUCUGCUUGUUCUGCUCACCGAUGAAUUUCGCUGAUAAUUUACACAAAUGGCCGAGUAGGAUGGAUCUGGACUUCGGGAACAAACUGCCGCAGGCUCUGUCGACAAACACUAAACUGCCCCAGUCUCUCUCCUCUAGCGCGAAGUUUCUGCCCUCAGGCCCGUUUGAGCGCUGCGGCCGCCCGCUGGGAGUCAAAGUCAAAGAGGAAGACGAGAGUGUGGAGGAUUUCUUUCAUUUCGCUCAGCACCUGCAGCAGCAGACCGGAGAGUGUCUCACGGCUUGUUGCAGCGGAUCGAACCCUAAAAGCCUGUCUCUCUCAGAGCCGGCCCAGACCCACAGUCGUCCCUCGGCGGACCGGCCGUACCACUGCCAGGACUGCGGCAAGUACUUCCGGAUCAACGACAUCAAGCGGCACCAGCGCAUCCACAGCGGAGAGCGGCCCUUCCCCUGCUUCCAGUGCGGCAAGAACUUCCCCACGUCUGGGGACCUGAAGAGACACGAGCGCAUCCACACGGGCGAGCGGCCCUACCACUGCCUGCAGUGCGGCAAGAACUUCUCCGACUCGGGCCACCUCAAGCAGCACGAGAGGAUGCACACGGGCGAGCGGCCCUACCAGUGUCCGCAGUGCUCCAAGCGCUUCUACCGCUCCGGAGACCUCAAGCGGCACCAGCGGAUCCACAGUGGCGAGCGGCCCUACCACUGCAACCAGUGCGACAAGACCUUCUCCGACUCCGGACACCUGCGGGGCCACCAGCGCAUCCACACCGGAGAGCGGCCCCACCGCUGCACGCUCUGCGAGAAGAGCUUCUUCAGAUCGGGCGACCUGAAGCGGCACCACAGAACGCACACGGGCGAGCGGCCCUACCAGUGCUUCCAGUGCGGGAAGAGCUUCUCCGAGUCGGGACACCUGAAGGAGCACCGGAGGAUCCACACCGGAGAGAAGCCCUACCACUGCAACCAGUGCGACAAGAGCUUCUCCCGGCUGGAGCGGCUCAAGGGCCACCAGAGCAUCCACACGGGCGAGAGGCCCUUCCACUGCACGCAGUGCGGCAAGAACUUCUUCCGCUCGGGAGAGCUGAAGCGGCACCAGAGGAUCCACAGCGGCGAGCCAGCGUGAGCGCCUGGAGAGAGCACAAACACCUGAGCGACGGCAGCCGAUCGCCGAGCUUUCCUCUUCGUGUCCUGAUAGAAAUCAGCAAUGCUGUGUGUCGUUAUACAUGUGUUUGUUGUCAUAGACCGUCUGAAGCGCUAGCUCUGCACGCCUCGCUCUGAUCUGAUGCUCCUCACACUCUGUAUGUUGUUCAGAAAUAUAUAGUGCAGUGACUCAUUAGAACUGUAUAUUGUACAGGAGCAUAUUAUUACUGUGUGUGCUCACAUUCCUUGUAUUUAAUGAGUCUCCCUCAAACUGUCUGUGGUUAUUUUUUUUAUAUAUAAACUGAACUGUUUUACUGUCAACAUGAGACGCCACUGAAGCGUUUCUGAACCUCUGGUUUCUCUCGAUGCUGUGUUUUACUAGCUGCCGUAAAUCUCGUGUGCGAAACACAGAAUAACAAUUAUUGUUUCACUGUAACACUUUAUUAACUCAUGAAAGACGUUACAGAGUAUAGAUGUGCUGUAAUUCAGCAGCUGAUUGUGAUCGGUUUCUGAGCACCAGGUGAUUAAUAUAGUAAACUGAGCUCAUGAAUCACAUUAGAUUUACCUUUUAACUUUUUUAAAUUAGCUCUUUACAUUUGUUAUUGUUUUGAAUGGUCUUCUAUUUUUACUUUAUAUAUGUGUGUAUUUAACCACCAGUAGCUUGGAGGGCUUUAAUGCCAUCAGAAAGGCUGUUUUAUAAGAGCUGUGUGCAGGAUUGAAUUAUAAUUGUUUGGGUUCUUCAUGUGCAUGUUUUCUUCAUAUGUGUGUCAUCAUCUUUAAUAAACACUUCACCUCUAAUUACAGCCGCACACAUGAACAUGCAAUUUAUUGGCCUUCCGUAACAUGUCUUCUCCAGACUGCAGCAUUCGAUCAUUAAUUAACACUAAUGUGCCGUGAGAAGAAGCGAGUGAUUAAAGGUUGUUUAAAGCCGAACGGAAGGAGUUUUGUUUUGCGCGUCACACGACAUAUGUUCAUAUCUGUCACAGUAAGUUACUUGCC